UUUAUGGCAAAACAAUGUAUUAUUCGAUACUUAGGUUAAAUUUUGUUUAUUUAAGUUUUCAAGAAGAAAUUAAAUAUGAGCGUUAUCAAUACGAAUAAAUUUUACAACAUCGAAACGAUUACAAAAUUACAGGAUAUUGAAAAACGAAAAUCCAAUAAUGAAUUACUGAAAAAAUCUUCAAAAAUGCCAUUGAGCAUUUUAAAACCAUCUAUGUUUUGGAUGGAAUUUAAAAAACAAGUGGAUGCACUUAAUACGGCUUCGAAAGAAAGUAAUGAUUAUGAUAUGCUUUGUACUUUUGUUUAUCAGAAAGACAAUGGUUGUCGUAAAUUCGUAGUAGCUCAUCCUGAAAUAUAUUGGUGGUAUUACAAGCAUCGAUCAGAAGAAAGGCGAUGCUCUUAUGAGGUAAUUCCUGAAAAUUAUCCUUGCCGAUUAUAUUUGGACUUAGAAUAUUCGAUCGAAAUAAAUUCGGAAAAAAAUGGUCCUUUUAUGACAAAUAUGUUAAUCGAUAUUUUUUGUGCAUAUCUACUUGAACAUUGGCGUGUACCUUGCAAUAGAUAUAAUGUAAUUAAUUUAGAUUCAAGUACUAACGAAAAAUUCAGCAGACACAUUAUAUUUAAUGUUAAAAAUAUAGCUUUUAAAGAUAAUUACCAUGUCGGUAAAUUAGUAAAAUCAGUAUGUAAUGAUAUAUUGCAUUAUAUUACGUUUAAGGAAAAAGAACAUAAUAUUUUAAGUUGUUUCGAUAGAUCGCUAGUUGAACGAUUGAUUGUUAAAACGAAAAAAGGCAAAAAAUUAUUUAUUGAUACCUCAGUUUACACUAAAAAUAGACAUUUUAGGAUAUAUAAAUCUACCAAAUGGGGAAAACAAUCAAAUCUAACAAUGGCCAAUGAUUGUCAAUAUAUUCCAUUCAAUACAACCAAUGACAAAGAAUUAAACAUAUUUUUAGAUUCUUUAAUAUCUUAUUUUGUUAUGAAAAAAGAUUUAAUAUUAUUAGAAUAUUUACAAAAUGGUACUGUAAAUACAAAAUGUUUCAAAGAAGAAGUACAUCAAUAUAAUUAUGAAGAAAAAAAUAAUGUCUGCUCAAAAUAUCCAAUGUUGGAUAAAUAUAUUCACAGUAUGAUAUAUCCUGGAAAAAUACGUCUAUGUAAAUAUUUUGAAGAUGUAAAAAUAUUGAUAUAUGAAAUUUUGGGAUAUAGGUAUUGUGAAAAUAUUGACAGAUGGCAUAAAAGUAAUAAUAUAUUUUGGGUUGUAAACUUAAAAAAUAAAACAAUUUAUCAAAAAUGUCAUGAUCAAGAUUGUUUUGGUUUUAAAUCUAAACCAAAACAAUUACCAGAAGAAAUUUGUUUUCAAAUUGAUGAAGAAGGCGAUACAUUUUUGACUUCUGCUAUAGAGAAUAUAGCAUAGCAUACUCUUUUUGAUAUCAAAAGUUUUUAUUGAGGUAGAGACAUCUGAAAGACAAUAUCAUUAAAUGGAAACAACACAUAAAUAGGAACAAAGUUAUUGUACAAUCAGGUAUAUAAUAUACAUCUUUCUUUCUAUGAUAUUUUUUUAUGAAAUUGAUACAAAUAUUGUAAUGUUAGAAUAUAAAACAUUUACAUGCUUUCAAACUUGUUUUUGCAAAUGUAAAAUAUAUAUAGUACAGUAUAAAUGCAAAAUAAUUAUGCAAUAUCAUGUCUAAUAUUGCAAAUAUUUUAUAAUCAUUAUAUAGAUUAUUAUAUGUAUUAUAUUAAGAUAUAUAUUACAUUACACAGAUUAUUUACAAUUUUUAUAAAUAGUCAAAAUAGAUCAAUUCAUGUACACAGACAUAUAUAUAUAUUGUAAUUGUAUAUAAGAAAUUUGAAUAUAUGUGCGUGUAGAAAAUUAAUUUUUCAUAUUCUAUGCAAUUAUUUAUAUUUGCACUACCCUGAAUGUACAUAGAUACAACAUGGCAUUUUGGUUGUGUUAUGGACAUGUAGCAAAAAGAGUUUGUAUAAAUUCCAUCUGUUUACCUGACAAUUUUUUAUAAUUGAACGUUUUUUCACAUGUGUCCCUUUUUUAUGAUACAAUAAAUAGUGUAAAAGAAACUAAUUACAAAUAUAAUCAGUCUCAUUUGUUAUCCUACAGAAUAUCAUAAAAAUAAAAUAUUAUUUUU